GCGUCGCUUUCCCGCACGCUGCGUGUGUGUGUGUGUGUCACGUCUGAAAGUUAGAAUCCACUCCUGCCAGCUCUAUAAACGCUGAUGUGUUAGACAGACGCGAGCCUGUGUUUUAUAGAGUAAAACGAUAGUUUGACAUAUCGAUGGGGCGCGAGAGGUCGCCGCGACGACAGCGGCAGUUCCGGUCGGCCAGUUCGGCAAUCCUUGUCGGCGGCUGCAUAGCAGUGGCGAAGGUGUGCAAAGGGCUGAGUUGCGAGCCGAACGCACAGAUGGCGCUGGUUGUUGCUGCAAAUAUACACACACGGAGCCACCGGUCGUUGCUCCGCUCGCCGUGCGCCGAUAACGCUAAGCAUGGACAGCGCAGGCCCGCCACCUGUACCUACUGUCAUGUACAUGGCAUAUUGCUUGCUGCCCAAUGUAUUAGACAAUCGAAGCGAGUUGUUAGUUCCAGCGUAACUUACAAGCCUCCGCAUCUCAGAGCGUUAAACUCGCAAAGCAAUACUGGUCUGCAGUAGGCGAGCACUUCACUAUGUUGACCGCGCACGCCGUUGAGCGAGAGUGAAACAUCACAACCGGAACUAUAAUAUUGUAUCUGAAAUAGUUCCACUAAUGAUGAAAGUAUCAAAAUGUAUAACAAUGUAAGCGUAGAGCUGCGCCUUGCUAGUUUUGUGGCAGCGACAUUAGGGCCUUAGUGCGAUAAAUGAAACUUCCGGACCGUCAAACAUAAAUUUCCUAUAAUCACUCUCCAGCGUCCCCGUAAUUCCUUCGAGCAUUUUUAAGAUUUGGCACUUAGACACGGUUCGACUAGUGAUGUUCGUCUUGUUUGUGCGACACUCUGUAUUAACAGAAAUCAAUCGAAUUACUGUGCGUUAUAUAAAACAUAACAUCUGAUGUGAUGCAGUAGUUUGUAAUUCAAAUUUGUCCGUAUUGUUACUGUUUACGGCUAUACGUGGCGUUUACAUCACGCGAGCGACGUCUCGGCUUUUACUUGUACAUAAUAAAAAUGCAAUGCGGAAAUAACAACAAUCACAUCAUGACACCGUUAUCUAUUUCUAAGUGAGAUAGUCACUUGGUUGAGUAAAUUCUGCUCGCGUCAGGUUAACGGUACCACUUCCGCGCACAUCCAGGAUUUCCGCAAGCUGCGGUACGUCCCGGGCCGACGCGGCGCGGGGCGGUCCGGCGAGCUCCUGCGCACGUCCGCCGCGCUAUCUUAUCUGCAUCGCUUUACUACUCACAAUAUUAUUUCAUUAGAAAUUCCGGCUUAUCGACUGGCACUAAACAAAGAACCGACGGGGCAAUUAAUUGCGAAGUAACCGAUCCAUGCGCAUCGUGCCUCUGCACCCUUUGUGUUGUGUCUGAACCGUGCACCGCGUCACCGAGACACCUGUAUCCACAGCGAGCGUCACGGCCAGCGCCUGCCACCGUUAAGGCGAGUCAUUGACACGUGAGAUCCUAAGGACACGUAGUGAUGCGUGCGUGCAAAUAGUUGGGGCAGCGGGAUCGAUGGCGAUGCGCUCGGGCGGCGGCAGCGCGGGGCGCUCGCGCGCGGACGCGCAGCGCGCCCUCGAUGAGUUCGACGAGCUGGCAGGACUGCGGAGCGAUGCGCCCGCGCCUCCAGGGCAUGACCGCGCGCUUUACGUGCUGGAGCACCUCGCCACUUUCACCGUGACCAGGGAGACCGGCAUCGUGUACCCUGCCGACGGCAUGCGACGGUUACUGCAACUAGAAAAGACCAAUGGAAUCUGGAGCCAGAAGAUGCAGCUGUGCCUGGAGGGGCAGUGGGUGCUGGUGAUGGACUACGAGACCGGCUCGAUAAUGGAGCGGUUCCCGGCGUCGUGGGUGCACUCGCCGACGGCGUUCACGUCGCCAGAGCCGGCUGAGCUGUACAACAACGUGCUGGCGUUCGUGGUGGGCGCGCCGGCGCACGAGCCGCCCGCCGCGGGGGGCACCGUGGGACACGCGCCGCGUCGCGAGUUGCACAUCUUCCAGUGCCAUGACGUCAGUGCGCAGGCGCUCGUAGAAGAACUUAACGCGCUUAAGGGCGUGAGCCGCGACGGGGAAGCAGACUCCGGCCGCGAGUUCGUCAUCGAGCGCGAGCGCGAGCGGGAGCGCGAGAACGAGCCCGAGCGACCGCGCCGACAGCAAAUGUCGGCGCAGUUGGGUCGCGAGCGGUCCGGUGGCUCGGCCGGCGAGCGGGAUGACGCCUCGUCGACGGGCUCCGAGCGACUCUACGAGCAAGACAUCGCGAUCCUCAAUAGAUGUUUCGACGACAUCGAGAAGUUCAUCGCGCGGCUGCAGCACGCAGCAGCCGCCUCCCGUGAGCUGGAGCGGCGUCGGCGGUCGCGCGGUGGCAAGCGUGCUGCUGCAGGAGAGGGCAUGCUCGCGCUGCGCACGCGCCCGCCGCCCGAGCGAGACUUCGUCGACGUGCUGCAGAAGUUCAAGCUAUCGUUUAACCUGCUGGCGAGGCUGCGUGCGCAUAUACAUGACCCCAACGCACCCGAGCUGGUGCACUUCCUGUUCACGCCGCUGGCGCUGAUCGUGGACGCGGCGCAGGACGCGGCGGACGGGCGGCUGGCGGCGCGCGUGGUGCAGCCGCUGCUCACGCGCGAGGCGCUCAACCUGCUCGCCAACUGCGUCACCAGCAAGGAGACCGAGCUGUGGCACUCCCUCGGAGAUGCCUGGCUUAUACCUAGAGAGCAAUGGAAGACGACGAUCCCGCCGUACCAGCCGGUGUUCAUGGACGGCUGGACGCCCGACUACCAGGUGGAUGACCAGCCUUUGCGCAGGUCGUCGCCACGGCGGAGCGACGCGGGGCGCGCGGGCGCCGAGCUCCGCGAGCGAGUGGAGCGCGUGGAGCGAGGUGAGCGCGGUGAGCGCGGUGAGCGCGGCGAGCGAGAGGAGAGCGCCGCGCCGCCCUACGGGUACGAGCGCGACGAACGCGACGAUCUGUACGGCGAUCAGUACGCGCCCUACCCCAGCAGGAGCAACAUGCGUGGCGCGCCGGCGCGCGAGGACUCGGAGUCGGCGGCCUCAUCUCCAGACCGCGAGCCGCCGUACCGGGCCGCCGACCGCGCCGCAGACAGAGACGACGAGCUAGGCGAGGCGUGGGCGCGCGGCGUGGCGGCGCGCGGCGGCCGCGUGGUGCGCGUCACCUACCCGCGCACCGCCAACAACGACAAGGAGCUCACCGUCGUGCGCGGAGAGUACCUCGAGGUGCUGGACGACUCGCGCAAGUGGUGGAAGGCGCGCAACCGGCGCGGUGUGACGGCGCACGUGCCGCACACCAUCGUGGCGCCCGCCUUCUCUCCGCCCGCCUCGCCGCACCUAUACCCCAACCCCAUCUACACACACUACCAGGAGGGCGGCGGCCGAGGCUCUGGCGGCAGCAGUCCCACCGGUAUAGCGGAGCGGCAGCCGUCGUCAGCGCCGCCACCCCCGCCGCCCCCACCACCGCCGCCGCCGCCGGUCGCCCCAGCGCCGGUGCCCUUCAAGUCCGACACCAUGAAGUCGAACAAGUCGAUGGCGAGCACGAGCGGUGAGCUGCACGAAGAGAUGAAGCUGGUGCUGUCGCAACUGCAGCAGCGCCGCAAUAAGCUUGACAUCAAGAAGACGCCCGACAUCUUCAUCGACCAGAAAUCCAACCCGGACGAGGUGGUGGAGUGGCUGGAGGCGAAAGGGUUCAGCUCGACGGCACAGAAGCAGCUGCGAGUGCCAGGACACCAGCUGUUCGCUCUGUCGCGGUCGCAGCUGGAGCGCGUGCUCGGCGCCGACGAGGGCAAGCGUCUCUACAGCCAAGUCCUCGUGCAGAGGAACGUGUCUGGGUACAAGACAACGUCAGCGUCGGAGUUGCAAAGUAUCCUGCGCAAAGUGCGGGAGAAGGUGGAGGUGUCAUGAUCGCGUACCUCGACGACGAGGACGCUUCCUACUGCUGACGAGGGAGGGGGUGGCGAGGGACAGAGAGGGAAGAAUGUACCUGUACAGCACUCAAACUAUAACGAGAUUUAACACAGAAUCUAAAGAUCAAUGAAAUCAUAAUCAUCCCAUUCCCAUGCACAUUGCACAUACUGGUGAUUCUUCGGCCAGUUUUACCUGUCAAGUUGAACUGAUGUGUAUAAUAAAAUUAAUCACGUUCACAGACACACCCCUUGUACACGUUUUAUCAUGUAUCAUUAAAUGUAUAUGAAGGAAUAUACAGGUGCAUAUAAAAUUUGAAGAUGUUUGGAACCACACCAUUGGCUCGGAAAGUAAAUGUACAUAUAAUAUGGUGGUGUAGAUGUUCUUUGGAAACCACUGAAAUAACAAAUCAGAGUUAACGAUGGGUCUUAGCAUAGAUACUUAUCAUAACGUACUAGAAUAUUGAAUGAAACCACACGAUACGUCCUAGCCUAGUGGUAAGUAAUAACUUUUAGUGUUCUAGACUAUACGGACCCUUCAAAUGUUGAGGAAACCUCUUGUACAUCGUCACUAUUGCUUUAACAUCUUUUCUACUUACAUUAUUAUAUAAUUAUUUUUUGUAGACACCAUCCAAAGAGACUUAAAAAAUUGAUUUAUCUAAUAUAAAUAAAAUCAAGUAGUGAUACAACGAGAUGAUAUUGUGUAGUCCCCCGGAUUGUAGAGCGAAGUGCGUUUGAUAGAGACAGAGAGUUCUCACAUUUCAGUGUUGUCCGGAGAAUAUAGCUCCAGGUUGUGGUGACAUUUAUUGUUCAAACGUUAUAAACACCCUGUAAGUGAGAGCAAUGUACAAUGAGUUAUUAUAAUAUCUAAGAUAUGUUAUUUUUAUAUUGAUUGUAGAUAGUAAAAUCUAAGGUCACGAGUGUCACUCGCGGCCGCUUUUUACAAUUUCUCUCUAAUAUUAUGCAAAGUAAAGCAAUUAGUAAAGACAAGUUAACUAAAAUUAAAUCAUCGUACAACUAUAUUGAUAUUAUAUUCAUACUACUGACACCGAGUACUCACGACAAGGCACCAGGCACAGAAUAACCAAGUCAACCUUAUAGCGGGGGCAUAUUAAAGUCCCAUUAAUUUUACAUAAUUAACUCAUAUUUUAACUGAAUGAUAUACCAGGCUCGUUAACCGAGGAUUUUUCGCACCGUUUUCUAACUCCAUGCACCUUUUACUGUUGAUAAUUCCUAUGUCCGUAGUAUAGCGAUAACAUUAUGCUUAAUUUAUUAUUGUAUUAUAACAUUUUUAUUAAUAAAUAUUUUGUUCUUAUUACAA